UGUCCGUGUCGGUUGUGUUCCGGUGUCAGUAAAAAGGCGCUGAGCUGAAACCAGCGGACGUUUCUGACCCGUAGAUCCGAACCGAGGUCGAACCCACCGGAGCUCGGCUCGUGUCCGGCUCGUGUCCCCGCGGAGCUCGGUGGCUGUUCGCCGCGGUCGCGUGUGUCAUGGCGGCGGGAGGCGGCGCAGCUCCGCCUCAUGUCGCGGAUGCUGAAGAAGACGCUUCACAGCUGCUGUUCCCUAAAGAGUUCGAGAACUCGGAGACGUUGCUGAACUCGGAGGUCCACAUGUUGCUGGAACACAGGAAGCAGCAGAACGAGAGCGCGGAGGACGAGCAGGAACUUUCCGAGGUCUUCAUGAAGACCCUGAACUACACGGCUCGGUUCAGCCGCUUCAAGAACCGAGAGACCAUCACUGCCGUCCGCAGUCUCCUCCUGCAGAAGAAGCUUCACAAGUUCGAGUUGGCCAGUUUGGCAAAUCUGUGUCCUGAAGCUGCGGAAGAGGCCAAAGCCCUGACGCCCAGAGCAACUGGACCAAUGUCGAAUAUUAGAGAAGUGAAACUCUCUGCUCUCCACAGUCUGGAGGGUCGCUUCGAAGACGAGGAGCUGCAGCAGAUCCUCGACGACAUCCAGACCAAGAGGAGCUUCCAGUACUGAGACCUGAGGCCUGAGGCCUGGGACCAUGGUCCGAUUCAGACCGAUCCGGAUUUGAUGUUUUCACUGUUUUCUUCUUCUUCUCCCACAUAAAAGUAAUUUUUUUUCUUCCUAUA